CCCGAACCGAACCCCGAUUAACUGCAAGGUUAUGUUUAUAUAAGUUGUCAAUUUUACCGAAAGUUCUAUUUACAAUUUCAAUUGUGGCACUUUUAAUAAAAAUAGACCACAAUAAUGUCAGGUUUCACAGAGAGUGCUUUUGUGAAAAAGUUAGCUGAUUUAAACAAUUCAUCACAGAGUAUUCAGACUUUAUCAUUAUGGCUAAUUCAUCAUCGAAAACAUUACGCCACAAUAGUUAAAAUAUGGUUCAGGGAGUUGCUGAAAGCUAAAGAUUCCAAAAAACUAACUCAUAUGUACUUGGCAAACGAUGUUAUACAAAAUAGUAGAAAGAAGGGGCCCGAAUAUGGCGAAGAAUUCGCUUCAGUUUUGAUUAAAGCAUUCGAACAUAUGUCAGAAUGUGAUGAAAAAACUGUAAAUUCACUAGAAAGGCUAUUAGGUAUUUGGACGGAUAGGGAGAUCUAUAAUAAACUGAAAAUUACGGAAUUCAGACAUGCACUACUUUUAGGUGUAGAGGGCCAACCUCCGAAGAAAAAGAGUAAAUCUAACAAUAAAAAAGGAACAAGUCCCGGCAGAGAAAGAAAAAAAUCAGAAAAUGAAGUAUUGGUUGAGGUUGAUGGUAAACUAGAAACACAUGUCCAAUUGAGUCCUCAUACUCCAGCGGGCGAUCCACCAGAACCUGAAGAGUUAAUUAAAGCAAUUCGGGAUUUAGAAUGUAACAUAGCCUCAGCUGAUGAAGUUGUGAGACAACGAAUUGCACAACUUCCUAAAGAAGUGGCAGAAGUAUCAUUGCUUUCUAAAAUUGAAGAUCGCGUUGAAGCUGACAAAUUGACAGUUCAAGUGAACGAAGCUGUCUGUCUAUUGAAUUCUUACAAUGAAAGACUAUCAACAGAAAUGGAACAUAGAAAAAAAGUUUCUUCUAUGUUGAGGGAUUUUUUAGAGCUACAACAAGAAUUAUUAGCACAAGCUGAACAAAAAUUAGAGGAAUAUCAAGAGAAACUUGCCAAAGUAUACAAUGUAAGACAAGAACUAAGAGCUCAUAUACAAAACCUGCCUGAUCUAACUCAACUGCCAGAUGUUACGGGAGGUUUACAACCUCUACCCUCCGCAGAAAAUCUUUUUAUGCAGUAAGAUGUUCUCUCAAUCCACUAUUUUAUUUUGAUUAAGUUAUAGUAGAAAAUAUAAUUGUUUAAUUUGUAAAACUACAAAAAAAGCAAUAAAAUCAAAUUGUUUGUCGUUA